AUGUCGAACGACAGGGACACGGGCAGGCCAUACCAUCUGGCAUGUACAGGAGAGGCACUGGCCACCGUCCAGGCCCACAUCAGCCCGGAGCAUAUCACAUUGUUUGGUAGCUGCUUCUGUCCUUUCGUCCAGCGGGUCUGGGUGACUCUCGAACACCUUGGAAUCGACUACGCGUUCCGUCAGUACUACGAGGUCGAUCCCUACAAGAAGCCUGCGGAGCUGCUGGAGUUGUCGCCUAAAGGUCUCGUGCCCGCGCUCAGACUCAAUAACUUUGAUUCGCCCAGGGCUCUCAACGAGAGCACGAUCAUCAUCGACUUUCUCGAAGAAUUGGCGACGAGCGACACCAGGCGCUCCUCGCACACCACGGAAAGCCUCUUCCCCGCGCCUUCAGACCCGUACGCACGCGCCCUCAUCCGUCUGCAGGCGGACAGCGUCAACCGUUCGCUCAUCCCCGCCUUCUAUCGAUACCUGCAGGCACAGGACGAAGCCAAACAGGUCGAGGGCGCUAAGGGCUUCGUCGAGGCCCUCGAGAGCCUCGUGACGCUUUUCAGACGUGCGGAGCGCGAAGGUUACACGCAGUAUGGCCUAUGGCAUGAGUGCGGCUCGCUGAGUUAUGCGGACGUCAUGGCUGCGCCGUGGCUCUUUCGCGCGACGAAUGUGCUGAAGCACUACCGUGGGUUCGUCCUACCGGAGGGAGAACAGUUCCGCGCCUACGUCGGGCGCAUGCUCGGCCACCCGGCGGUCAAGCGCACUUGCAGCACCGAGCAGCUCUACCUGGACAGCUACGAGAGAUAUGCGUUCAAUCGACCGAACACUAGCCAGGUCGCCAACGCUAUCAAUGCGGGCACAGCACUUCCUUGACUGAUGCCAUGGAAGGAUCUUACCGAUUUGAGUCACGAUAUCUCGCGACAAGUACGUACACAGCAUGUACAAUGUUGGAGGAAACUAUGGUCUUCGGUGC